GACAAAUCACCUCAGUCGAAACUUUUUUGGAUCAAAAUGAAAAAUCUUGAUUUGGUAAACCGAGAUCCCAACAACAUCAACGAUCACAUUGAGGUUGAAUUUGAAGAUGUCGUGGCUGAACCUGAUGGAGCUCACAGUAUAGUUUGUGUAUGGAAAGCUUCUUAUUGUUGUUUUAAUUUCUGGAAGAAUUUCUGGUAUAAAUUAGCUACUCUAUGUUGUGGAAUCUGUAUAGCUGCUGAAUGGGGCUGUGAAUUUGCUAGUAUCGCCUUUACUCAUGUUUGGUUUAUUACUCCAUUAUUCAAAGUAUUAGAAAUAGAAUGUGGUUGUUUAAAGAAAUUUUAUGGAAUGUGUGUCCAUUGUUGUUUAGAUCCUUGCUGUGAAUCUUUAGGACUCGUGUUUAGUGCCUUUAAAAAAGAAUAGUGUAUAGCAAUGAGCCAGUAGAAUAAAUGUAUAAUUUAUAUAUUUUUGUGAUGUCUGUAUUAAUAAAUACAUAGUAGGAUACCAAUAUUUU